UGCUGUCUCUCAAAUUUCCUCGGCUCUGAUUGGAUGUUGUCUUGGAGGAAGGGCGGGUCCUUGUUUUCCUUUCUGUUUUUCACCGUUGUAGGGAAGUCUGUUUCCUUGUGUGACUGCGGCGAGUGUGAACGAUGAAACGGGGUGAAUAAUCGUUUCAGUGGCGCCGUUAGACCAUUUUCCGCCCUCGGCCGUAUGGAUCUGCUCGUUGUUUAGACUCCGGGGGGCUCCGGGCUCUGCUGCAGGUCUCUGUGUCCGUUAGGCUGAUGUGUGUUCACCGGCCCGGGUGGCGGAGCGUCUCAGCGUCUCUACAGUGCUGACCGAGUGAACCCGUGUCCUGUGGAUCUGAGGGGGAACGGCUCUCUGUGGAGAUGACCGCGGACCUGCUGUCCGAUCUGGACAGUCGGUUCUUCGCCGAUAACCUCCUGACGAGCGAGGACUGGG